AUGUUGACCAUCGCUCUCCUAGCGCUUCUCUGUGCCUCCACCUCUGCCAGUGCCAUUCAGGCCAGGGCCUCCUCCUACAACGGAGAGUAUGGAGGUGGUGGAGGGAAGCGAUUCUCCCAUUCUAGCUACCAACUGGAAGGCCCCAUCACUGCCCUCCGUGUGCGAGUCAACACAUUAUUCAUCGUAGGUCUCCAGGUGCGCUAUGGCAAGGUGUGGAGUGAGUAUGUGGGUGGCAGCCUGGGAGAUCUGGAGGAGAUCUUUCUGAACCCUGGGGAAUCCGUGAUCCAGGUGUCUGGCAAGUACAAGCUCUACCUGAGGAAGCUGGUCUUUGUGACGGACAAGGGUCGCUACCUGUCUUUUGGGAAAGACACAGGCACGAGUUUCAAUGCCGUUCCCUUGUACCCCAACACUGUGCUCCGAUUCAUCAGUGGCCGAGCUGGUGCUGUCAUUGAUUCCAUCGGCCUGCACUGGGACACCUACCCCAGUUCCUGCAGCAGCUGCUGA